AUGAAGAACUUUUUUCUUGUCACCAUCAUCUCCAUCCUUGUUGGAAUUUGUUCCAUCUUCCUACUGCCCAUCGACCUUUUACCAGUCGACAUCUCUACACUCACAAACCAACUACUCAACUACACGAACAUCAACACCUACUUCGCAAUUCAACCCUUAGAAGAUAUUUCUUCUUCUACUUCUUCAUCAAACCCAACCAUAAUCAUCACAACAACCCCCACCGCCGCAAACAUGUCCGUCCCGCGCCUCAUCCGCAAAAUCUUCCUCGCCACCGAACAGGCCGAAGGCGCCGGCGCCCGCGUCCGUCGCUCCAUCGGCACCCCUCAGCUCCGCAACUUCUCUCCCUUCCUCAUGCUCGACCACUUCACCAUCCGUCCCGGUUCCGGCUUUCCCGACCACCCCCACCGCGGUCAAGAAACCAUCACCUACUUGCUUUCCGGCGGCGUCGACCACGAGGACUUUGCCGGCAACAAGGGCACCAUUGAGGCGGGCGACCUGCAGUUCAUGACGGCGGGCAGGGGCAUCAUGCACGCCGAGAUGCCGCGCCAGAACCCGGACGGGAGCGCCAACGUGGGAUUGCAGCUUUGGGUGGACCUGCCGAAGGAGCUCAAGUCGUGCGAGCCGCGGUACCGGGAUCUCAAGGCGCAGGAGAUCCCCACGGUCGAGACGGACGAGGGACGCGUCAAGAUCAAGGUGAUCAGCGGCAAGAGUCACGGGGUGGACAGCGUCAAGGACCUGGCGUACACGCCCGUGUGGAUCUUGGAUGUGGAGGUGAAGCCCGGUGGCAAGGUGGUGCAGGAGGUGCCGGAGGGGUGGAACGCGUUUGCGUAUACUUUGGAGGGCACCGCCAUUUUCAGCUCGGGCAAGGACGGGGAGAAGAGGACGGUGGAGCAAUUCCACAAUGUGGUGUUUGAGCCGCAGGGUGAGGCGGUUCAUGCCGAGGUGGAUGCGGGCGCGGAGAAGCCAGCGAGGUUUGUUUUGGUUGCGGGAACACCGCUCGAUCAGAAGGUGGUGCAGUAUGGCCCGUUUGUGCUGAACAGUCAGGAGGAGGUGUACCAGGCUUUUGUGGAUUACCAGACGCAUUCGAAUGGGUUUGAGAGGGCGCAGGGGUGGAGGAGCGAGAUCGGAAAGUCGAUGAGGCACUAAAGGGGGGGAAACGGGGAGUUGAGAUACCAGUUUGCUUUUUUUGUUUGUUAUAAAGUUGGAUAUGGAAGAGUAGGGUUAGCUGGAAGAAUAGAGCACUUCGGCGAGGCUUCAAAUGGGAACAUCGAGCU